AAUGCUACUGGUUUAGGAACGUUUCUAUCCGGAUUGGCUAUUAUAGUUCAACCAUAUUUUCAACUCUCAAGCUAGGUUCUCCUGCUUGAAUUUGCAACAGGAUAACAUUUACAAGCUCUUGCAUUUAAAGGGUCAUAAUGGUUUAAGAUAAUAAUGAUGGGAGAUGAGGAGAAGUGGAGUAGGGAUGUCUAUUGGGUAUCUUUUUCCUGUAGGUGAGUGGAGGAAGAGGGUUUUUAUAUACACAAAUCCUAAAUGCUAGUCAGAGUCCUUCUUGCCGCUUCAAUUGCAGCUCUUGCAGUCAAGCGGCUUAAUGCCAAAAACUCAAAGUCAUCAAAAUCUUCAGAAAAUGAGGACAACAAGAAGCAGUUUAGAUAUCACGAUGAUGGCUUCAAGGGAAAAGAUGGUGAGGAAGAAGAGGAGGAAGAAGUUAAAUUGAUUAGCAGCAUAUUUAAUCGAGCUAACGAUAACCGAUCAGAUAUUGGUGAUGAAGAUUUUCUACCUGAGUUUGAAGAUCUUCUCUCCGGGGAAAUUGAAUAUCCAUUACCUACUGACAAAUAUGACAGGGAAGAGAAAGAAAAAAUGUAUGAAACUGAGAUGGCAAACAAUGCGAGUGAACUGGAAAGGUUGCGCAAUUUAGUAAAGGAACUGGAGGAGAGGGAAGUAAAGCUCGAGGGUGAAUUGCUUGAGUACUAUGGUUUAAAGGAGCAGGAAUCAGAUAUUACUGAAUUACAAAGGCAGCUGAAGAUCAAGACAGUUGAAAUCGACAUGCUGAAUAUUACCAUAAACUCUUUGCAGGCCGAGAGGAAGAAGCUUCAAGGGGAGAUUGCUCGUGGAGCUUCUGUAAAGAAGGAGCUGGAGGUGGCAAGGAACAAAAUCAAGGAGCUACAAAGGCAAAUUCAGCUUGAUGCUAACCAAACAAAAGCUCAGUUAUUGUUUCUCAAGCAAGAAGUUUCUACUCUUCAAUCCAAAGAGCAAGAAGCCAUCAACAGUGACGCUGAGAUUGAGAAGAAAUUGAAAGCUUUGAAGGAGUUAGAAAUUGAAGUUGUGGAGCUUAGGAGAAAGAAUAAAGAGCUUCAGCAUGAAAAGCGGGAGUUAACUGUUAAACUGGAUGCCGCUGAAGCGAAAAUAGCCUCCCUUUCCAACAUGACAGAGACUGAAAUUACAGCCAGGGCAAGAGAAGAGGUCAAUGCAUUAAAACAUGCAAAUGAGGAUCUGCUAAAGCAAGUAGAAGGACUUCAGAUGAACAGAUUUAGCGAAGUUGAAGAACUAGUGUACCUUCGUUGGGUCAAUGCAUGCUUGAGAUACGAACUCCGUAAUUACCAGACACCUGGAGGAAAAAUAUCUGCUCGUGAUCUCAAUAAAAGUCUAAGCCCCAAGUCCCAAGAGAAGGCUAAAAGGUUACUAUUAGAAUAUGCAGGGUCAGAACGUGGGCAAGGCGACACAGAUCUUGAAAGCAACUACUCUCAUCCAUCCUCUCCUGGAAGUGAGGAUUUUGAUAAAGCUUCCAUCGACAGUUCUAACAGUAGAUAUAGCAAUCUCAAGAGACCUGGCUUAAUCCAAAAGCUGAAGAAAUGGGGCAAGAGCAAAGAUGAUUCAAGUGCUUUUUCAUCACCGGCCAGAUCCUUCUCUGGUGGCUCUCCAAGCAGGACUAGCUUGAGCCUCCGCAAUCGGGGUCCAUUAGAAUCACUUAUGCUAAGGAAUGCAGGUGAUGGUGUUGCAAUCACAACUUUUGGUAAAAUGGACCAGGAAUCCACUGAUUCGCCGGAUGCUUCUUCUCUUCCAAACAUUAGAACACAACCUUCUGGUGACUCUUUGAAUUCUGUUUCAACAUCAUUCCACUUAAUGUCUAAAUCUGUAGAUGGAAUUCUAGAGGAAAAAUAUCCUGCUUAUAAGGACCGCCAUAAGUUGGCCAUGGAGAGGGAGAAACAAAUUAAGAAAAAAGCAGAACAAGCUAGGGCUGAGAGGUUUGGCGAGAACUCAAACUUUGAGUCUAGAGCAAAGGCACCUGUAACUUUACCACCAAAACUUGCUCAAAUAAAGGAGAAGACCGUUGUUUCUGGUGACACAAGCGAACAAUCCAAUGGCGACAAGACUGUAGACUCCCAAACUAUAAGCAAGAUGAAACUUGCUCACAUUGAAAAGAGGGCACCUAGGGUGCCCAGACCACCACCAAAGCCAUCCAGUGGCAGUUCUGCUGGCACAGAUACUGCUACAACAGGACAACUUCCCGCUCCACCUCCACUACCCGGUGCACCACCACCACCACCGCCACCUCCUGGUGGACGACCACCACCUCCUCCUCCUCCAGGCAGCCUACCCAGAGGGGCAGGCAGUGGUGAUAAAGUUCACCGAGCUCCUGAACUUGUUGAAUUUUAUCAGACAUUGAAACGAGAGUCAAAGAAGGAAACUUCAAGUUUGAUUUCUACAACAUCUAAUACAUCAGAUGCUAGGAGCAACAUGAUCGGAGAGAUUGAGAAUAGAUCAUCAUUCCUGUUAGCUGUAAAAGCUGACGUGGAAUCGCAAGGUGACUUUGUUCAGUCCUUGGCCACUGAAGUUCGAGCAGCUUCUUUCACCAACAUAGAAGACCUGGUAGCUUUUGUAAAUUGGCUAGAUGAGGAACUUUCCUUCUUGGUUGAUGAACGUGCAGUUCUCAAGCACUUUGAUUGGCCUGAAGGAAAGGCUGAUGCAUUAAGAGAGGGCUUUGAAUACCAGGACCUAGUGAAGUUGGAGAAGCAGGUCUCUUCCUUUGUUGAUGAUCCCAACCUUCCAUGUGAAGCUGCUCUGAAGAAGAUGUACAAAUUGCUUGAAAAAAUGGAACAAAGUGUAUAUGCACUUUUACGUACAAGAGACAUGGCUGUUGCACGAUACAAGGAGUUUGGAAUUCCAGUUAAUUGGUUAUUAGAUUCUGGGAUUGUUGGCAAGAUCAAACUUUCAUCUGUUCAAUUGGCAAGGAAAUAUAUGAAACGCGUAGCAUCAGAACUUGAUGCAUUGACUGGACCGGAAAAAGAACCCAACCGAGAGUUUAUACUUCUGCAAGGGGUCCGUUUUGCUUUCCGUGUUCAUCAGUUCGCGGGUGGUUUUGAUGCGGAAAGCAUGAAGGCUUUCGAAGAACUUAGGAGCCGCGUGCAUACACAAAUGGGAGAAGAAAAUAAGACAGAAAUGGAAGAAGGAAAUAAGCCGGAGGCAGGAUGAACAUUUACUAUUUUUGGCCUUGUUAUUUUCGUUGUUGCUCCACUGCUCUGUUGUAUAUUGUUUCUGUAUUACCACUCGACAAUAUUGCAUUAGAAAUUACUCAAUAUAGUUGGAUAUUGUACAAU